AUGCAGGUAGAAGACAAAAUUGCGCUCAUCACAGGAUGAGCUAGAGGAAUAGGCUUCGCCUACGCGACGGAACUACUACGAAAUGGAGCUGCGCAUGUCGCCAUUCUGGAUUUGGCAACGUCUCGAGGUCUAGAAUCGGCGAAUAAAUUGAACGCCAAAUUUGGUGAUGGUCGAGCUAUCUUCAUCGUCUGCGACGUGACGAAGGACAUCGAAUUCAAAGCUGCGUUCGUCAAAGUCACCGAGGAACUGGGUGGACUCGAUAUUGUGAUCAACAACGCUGGUAUAGCGAAUGAAACCCAAUAUGAGCUUACGAUUAACAUCAAUCUAGUAAGUAUUCCAUUUAACGUCGGAUGUGACCGACAGUAA